AUGGAUGCAACGGAGUGGAUCGAAGCCUUCAUCCGAGGGCUGAUGUGUCUGCUCGGGAUCCUGGGGAACAACUGGCUUUGUCUCCGUUCUCUCCCCGGACCCAAGUCCAGUCUCCGCACCAAUGAGGUCCUCUUCAUCAACCUGGCCGUCUCCAACCUCAUCACCAACUACCUGGUGGACCUGCCCGAUACCAUGGCUGACUUUGUUGGCUACUGGUUCCUGGGGGAAGCCUACUGCUGUGUGGUCCAGUUCUGCUCUGACCUGUCAGAGACCAGCAGUGUCUUCUCCACCUUGUUUAUUAGUGUGUUCUGGCACCAGAAGCUGGUGGGCUCUCUGAAACGCGGAGGAGCUCCGAUCCAGCUGGAUAGCCUCCGUCUCGUAGCCUGUCUCCUGGCUGGCAGCUGGACAGUGGCUGUGGUAUUCAGUGUUCCACAAUUAUUCUUUGUCCGGUUGGAGAGUGGUAAUGAGAGCCACGAUGACUGUAUAGAACUCUUUCCCUCCCAAACUGCAAGGCAGACCUAUGAGCCGUUGUAUCUGACCUUCGCUAACGCCCUCCCCAUCACUGGUAUAGCGUUUGCUAGCAUCCAGAUUGUGAUCACUCUGCUAAGGCACCAGGCAUGUAUCCAGGGCCUGACUUCGGACCAUCACAAGGGGACAGCUAAUUCUUUACCUAACAAUGGACCUUCAGUUGUACACAGCUCGAUCAGUUCCCCCCUCUACCAGGUCGAGAUCGGGGACAGCAUAGUCAGAGCUCCACCCGAUCUGAAGAGGUCCUCUCAGCCUCCAGCUAAGCCCAGACCAGGCUCAGGUACUCAGGUGAGGGCAGCCAAGAGCGUGGUGGCCGUGGCCACUGUGUUUGUGGUGUGCUGGGUGACCCACCUGCUGCUGAUGAUGGCCAGCAACAUCCACACGUCCUCCUUGGUGUUGGAGCUGGCCAGCUACAUCGGAUCCUCUUACACCUGCAUCAUCCCCUACAUCUUCCUCUAUGGAGUAAAAAAACUGUCUUUCUCCUGCAGAGGGUAGCUAGAUAUAGUCAUACACUCAUUUUCUAUUUAGUGGUAUCAAGUGCUUUGUAUAAUUGUUGCUCUUUUUAAAAUUGUAUUUAACUAGGCAAGUCAGUUAAGAACCAAUUCUUAUUUUCAAUGACUAGGAACAGUGGGUUAAGUGCCUUGUUCAGGGGCAGAAUGACAUAUUUUUAACCUUGUCAGCUCAGGGAGUUGAUCUUACAACCUUUCGGUUACUAGUCCAACACUCUAACCACUAGGCUAUCUGCCGCCCCAGAUGUCUUUAGGACAUCUGUGUUGCCUGAAAAUAAAUGAAAUUAGAUUGGCAUAUCGCCAUGAUUUCAUUAGUGUAGUUAUACUAGUGUAGACACAAAUUCAGUAUAUACACCAUCACGUCUGGGUGAACAUCAGUGAACUCCAACGACUCUCUGACAGAUCGAGCUAUUGAUGGUGACUGACAAUUAGAAGUGUGUUUAUGAUGGAAAUGUUGUCAACCCUGUAGAAUGUUAAGUUACAUAAAAUACACUAUAGAUAUAU